CCUCGACGGUCGCAACGGGAAGACCCUUUUACCGUGUGAUUUUUCUUGUGGACGACUUCUUUUCCCGUCCUUCACCAGGAAAAUGUACUACAAGUUCAGCGGUUUUACCCAAAAAUUGACGGGGUCUGGCCCCGCGGCCGCCUACAGCCCUCAGGGGCUGAGGCCAGGCGUGCCCGCAGAGGCCCCAGCCAUGGUGUUUGCCACACCCACCAAGAUAGUGUCAGAGGCGGGGUCCACGGUGGAGUACAUGGGAGCGAACAAGGUCCCUGAACUUCAGAGGCUAUUCCAGAAGUCAGACGGUAUCCCCAUUCAUUUGAAGCGCGGCGUCCCCGACAGGCUACUGUACCGCACCACCAUGGCGCUCACUAUAGGAGGCGCUCUCUACUGUCUGGUGGCUCUUUACUUUGCGGCCCAGCCCAACAAAAAGUGAACAAAGCAAAACCCGGGAUCUUUCUGUCAUCGACCCAACAUUCCCAGCCUCCGUCUGUCCUCGCCAUGCCUCGCCUCUUGGGACUCAAAUUGCUGUUAUGACAUCACACUCUACGAUAACAAUAACAACGUCUGUCUUCUUUGUAAAUCAAAUAUCUAAGUUAAUAAAUAUUAUGGGGAAACAAAGCUAA